AUGGAGGAUGAAUACAAACAAUAUCAGAGUCAACUUGCAUUAGUAAAAAUAUCUCUCGAAAAGGACCCUGCUAAUCAGGAAUUAUCUGCUUUACGAAAUGACUUAGAAGAACUAGUUCAAUUGACACGACAACUAAUAGAUGAAAAAGCGCAAGAACUUCAAAAACAAAAGAAAUUAGAAGAGAAUCAGCACUCAACAACGGGUUCACAAACUUCAGCAAAUGCUCAAAAACUAGAAUUCUUUCCUGGCGAUGUGGUAAUGGCAAGAUGGAUUUCAGGUGACCAGUCCUUCUAUACUGGGAAAAUAACAGCUGUAUCAGGAUACGGCGCGAACAAAAAGUAUACAAUACAAUUUUUGGAUUAUCCCGAAGUGGAAACAGUAUCUCCACGAGACCUCAAGGCCGUACCUGAAACAAAACGCAAAAUUGCAGGUAUUCCAAGCUCUUCAAGCAAUGGUCCUCGUGUUGGCUUUUCUCCGUUUUCUGCCGCAUCAGUGACUUCUUCUCGUAGUAUCUCUCCGAAUGCUUCUUCGAAAACUCAGUCUCUUAGGGCUUCUCCAGAGCGUACAUUUGCUUCAGCGACCAGCCCUCCUUCCUCCAAAGUUGCCCCAGUAUAUUCAUUGCCCACCACUUCAAAACCUGAUCCUCCAAUUGUUUCCGAGCCUCCUGCAAUAGCAACACCGCCGCCUCCUCCCCCUUCACAAAAGCCAAAGAAACAACUUAAACCCAACGCUGCUUUGGAAGCUUCUAAAAACUCUUGGAAACAAUUUGCCUCAAGAGGUGUGAAGACGGGACGAAUUGGCAAACGGAAAAAAAUUGGAGAAACUAGUAUGUUUCGUAGUCCUGAAGUUGCCGCCGAUCAAUUGGGAUCAAUGAGCAGUAAUCGAGGAGCGUCCAAAGCUGCUCCGCGAGGAAAACAUGUGUACAACUACAACGAAGAUGAGGAUAAUGGAUAA